AUGAGUAAAUAUUUCAUUGAAGGCGAUGAUUUUAUAGUAACUGAAACAUUUUUGAGUGAUGAAAGUUUGGGAGAGAAUGAAAAAGAAACUUUUGAAAAAAAUAAAUUAGGAGUUAAAAAAAAUAUUUAUAAAAGUAAGAGCAACAAAUUACAAAAUAUUUUUACUAAUAUAUGCAAUACAAACAAUACUUCCUUAAAAGAAGAGGCACAAGAAAUUAAAAAGAAAAAAGGAAAUGAUUUAAAGAAGGAUAACAAUUUAAAUAAAUUAAAUGCUAGUAAUGAAACAGGAAUUUAUUUUAAUUUCGAGAACCAUUUAUAUAACACUGAUAAUUUAAAUGAUGAAAAAGAAGAAAAAAAAGAGAAAAAAGUCAAGAAAGUAUGGUAUGAUUCUGACGAUGAAUUAACGAAUGAGUUAGAUGAAGAAAAUCUUGAAAAUUAUAAAGAAAAUGGAAAUUUUGUAAUAGAUAACGAAGAAGAAAAGUUAAUUGAAAAUGAAGAAGAAAAUCAAAAUAUCUUUGAAAAAUAUAUUGAAAAAGUCAAGGUAGAAACAUUUCAAAAAAAUGAAGAUGAUUCUGUAUCUAAUAUUCAUACUAAUGAUAUUUAUAUUUUUGAUGAUAAAGAAAUAGAUUUGCAAUUAAAAAAGAGAAGAAAAAGAAACAAAACAAGCGAAAAUAAUAUAUUUUUGAAAUAUUAUUUGCAGCAAUUUACUAUUAGUCAAAUAAAUGAAAAGAAAAUUAAACAAAUAGUCACUUUACCUAAAAGCAAUUUAAUACUACCUGUGUAUAACUUAAAUUUGUAUAUGCUUCAAUAUAAAGAUAGGCAAUUAAGUAUUCAGAAAAAAAUUUCAUUUAAUAGAAAAAUUAAAUAUGUAGAAGAAUUUAAUGGAAAUUUAUAUAUUUUAUCAUAUGAUAAUUUCAUUAGAAAUUACAAUAUAGAAAAAGGAAUUGUAUAUAAAAAUAGAAUUCAUUAUGAUAAAUUAACAAUUUCUUUACCAAAAGAACUAAAAUUUUUUGAUAGUAAUAAUACGAAGGAUGAAGAUAAAUUUAAUUCUAAUUUAUUUUCUAUAUCCUUUAGUAAUAGUGGAAAGAUAAAUUUAUAUGACACAAGAAGUUUUGAUAUUAUUAAAACAUUUGAAAUGGAUCAUAAUUAUGUAGGUAUGAACUUUCAUAAAAAAAGUAAUAGUAUCUUUGCAUUAGAUGAAAAAGGAUAUUUAUAUAACUGGUGUUUAAAUACAAAUAAAUUAGUUGAUAAAUUAAUGGAUAAUUAUUCUGUAUUCCCAUCUUUUUUAAAUAUAUAUGAUGACUAUUUAGUAACUUGUUCCUUCAAUGGAUUUCUUAAUUUAUUUAAUAUUAAUAAUUUAAAAGAGCCUAUAAAAAGCUUCAAGAAUUUAACACUUAAAAUAAAUAAUGCGAUUUUUAAUCCUUCACACGAUUGUUUAUUAUAUUAUACAAAUUCCUUAAAAAAUGGUAUUAAAUUAAUUGAUUUAAAAACAAAUUAUAUAUAUUGUAAUUUACCUUGGUUUAAUUCAAAUAUAAAAUAUAAUAUAUAUGCUGCUAAUUUUUUUAAUAAUGGUAAUAAUCUUUGUUUUGCUGUUAAACCUAAUUCUUUUUAUGUUUACGACAUUUUUAUUAAAGAAUAA